AACGAGCGACGUCACGGAAGGUGUUUACGCCGGCGAGCGUGCCCGGUUGGUUUAUGGGGUGUUUACGACCCCCGUGAACUCGAUCGGUGGCUCGGCCGUUUGCGCGUUCUCGAUGAAGAACGUCCUCGAAGUCUUCCAGGGUGCGUUCAAAGAACAGGAGACCAUCAACAGCAAUUGGCUAAGGGUACUAUCGAAAAAUGUACCGGAACCCAGACCUGGUGCAUGCGUGAAAGACUCCAGAACACUUCCGGACGCGACAGUCAAUUUCGUUAAGGCGCAUCCACUCAUGGACGAUGCUGUUCAGUCCUUUUUCGCGUUGCCUGUCGUCACCAAAGUCAGCUUCAAUUACAGAUUUACAAAGGUGGCAGUGGAUCCUCAAGUAAAAGCGUUGGAUGGCAAGGCCUACGACAUCCUGUACGUAGGAACAG